UUUCCUGGACCUGAUCCCUGAUUGCCCUUUUGGAACGUGCUUGCCCUGCGAUAGGUGGGAGCAGGGUUGUUUUUUUUUGUUUUUUUUUCAGAGGACAAGCCUGGGCCGGUGGAAGGGAGGGGAAACUACAUUUCCCAGGAUGCGCCGCGAAGGGACACGCAGUCCCCCUUAAAAGCCGGCUGAGCCCAGCGCCCAGCGGAGGCAGGAAGCCCCUCAACUUUGGCUAGAAUGGAGCAGCCCCAGGGGGUCGAUUGGACGGUUAUCAUCCUGACGUACCAGUACAAGGAUAGUGUUGAGGUCUUCCAGAAAGAGCUGGAGGUGCGGCAGAAACGAGAGCAGAUCCCCGCCGGGACUUUGCUGCUGGCCGUGGAGGACCCUGAGACGCGCGUGGGCAGCGGCGGAGCCACCCUCAACGCCCUGCUGGUGGCUGCCGAGCACCUGAGCGCCCGGGCGGGCUUCAGCGUGGUCACCGCGGAUGUGCUGCAGUCGGCCCGGAUCCUCAUCCUGCACAUGGGCCGGGACUUCCCCUUCGAUGACUGUGGCCGUGCCUUCACCUGCCUCCCCGUGGAGAACCCCCAGGCCCCUGUGGAGGCUCUGGUCUGCAACCUGGACCGCUUGCUGGACAUCAUGACCCAUCGGCUGGGCCCGGGCUCCCCGCCCGGCGUGUGGGUCUCCAGCACCGACAUGCUGCUGUCCGUGCCUCCCAACCCAGGGAGGCCCCUGACUUCUCUGCUCACAGGGAUCACCUGGGACGGCUUCCGGGGAGCCAGAGUGAUCGCCUUCCCAGGAACCACAGCCUACGCCCAGAACCACGGCGUCUACCUCACCGACGCCCAGGGCUUCGUCUUAGACAUUCACUACCAGGCCAGCGAGGCGGACCUGCAGCGGUGCGCCAGGCCCGAUGGGCGGGUGCCGCUGGUCUCCGGAGUUGCCUUUUUCUCCGUGGAGACCGCCGAGCACCUCCUGGCCACUCACGUGAGCCCACCCCUGGACGCCUGCACCUACAUGGGCUUGGACUCCGGAGCCCGGCCUGUCCAGCUGUCUCUGUUUUUCGACAUCCUGCUGUGCAUGGCCCGGAACGUGGGCAGAGAGGCCUUCCUGGCGGGGCGGCCUCCGGAGACGGGGCGCAGCGACGCGGACGCCGAGGGCUACCUCCGGGUCGCUCGGACCACGCUUUGGCGGGAGCUCCGUGACCAGCCCCUCACCGUGGCGUAUAUCCCCGACGGCAGCUACAGCUACAUGACCUCCUCGGCCAGCGAGUUCCUGCUCAGCCUCACGCUUCCUGGGGCCCCCGGGGCUCAGGUGGUGCACUCCCAGGUGGAGGAGCCGCAGCUGCUGGGGGCUGGGAGCUCUGUGGUCAACUGCCUGCUGGAGGGCGCCGUCCGGCUGGGUGCCGGGAGUGUCCUGCAGCACUGCCACCUGCAGGGCCCCAUUCACGUCGGCACCGGUUGCUUUGUGAGCGGCCUGGACGCGGCCCAGUCCGAGGCGCUGCAGGGCUUGGAGCUGCGCGACCUCGUCCUGAGGGGGCACCACGUGCGGCUGCACGGAGCCCCUGUGCGUGCCUUCACCCUGGUUGGACGCCUGGACAGCUGGGAAAGACAGGGGACGGGAACAUACCUCAACAUGCCCUGGGAUGAGUUCUUCCAGAAGACAGGCAUCCGAAACUGGGACCUGUGGAACCCGGACACGCCCCCCACGGAGCGCUGCCUCCUCACCGCCCGCCUCUUUCCUGUGCUCCACCCCUCGAGGGCCCUGGGGCCCAGGGACAUGCUGUGGAUGCUGGACCCCCAGGAGGACGGGGGCGAGGCCCUGUGGGCCUGGCGGGCCUCCUGGCGCCUGUCCUGGGAGCAGCUGCAGCCCUGCCUGGACCGGGGCGCCACCCUGGCCUCCCGCCGGGACCUGUUCUUCCGCCAGGCCCUGCACAAGGCGCGCAGGGUGCUGGAGGCCAGGCAGGACCUCAGCCUGCGCCCGCUGAUCCGGGCCGCCGUCCGCGAGGGCCGCCCCGGGCUCCUGCUGGCCACGCUGGACCAGGUGGCAGCGGGUGCAGGAGACCCAGGCGUGGCGGCCCGGGUGCUGGCCUGCGUGGCAGACGUCCUGGGCUGCAUGGCAGAAGGCCAAGGCGGCUUACGGAGCGGGCCGGCUGCCAAUCCCGAGUGGGUCCGGCCCUUCUCGUUCUUGGAGUGCGGAGACCUGGCUGGGGGCGUGAAGGCCCUCGCCCAGGAGCGGGACAAGUGGCUGAGCAGGCCCGUCCUGUUAGUGCGAGCUGCUCGCCACUACGAGGGGGCCGGGCAGAUCCUGAUCCGCCAGGCCGUGAUGUCUGCCCAGCGCUUUGUCUCCAUGGAGCCUGUGGGGCUGCCGGCCCCCGGGCAGUGGGUGGUGGCCGAGUGCCCGGCUCGCGUGGAUUUCUCCGGAGGCUGGAGCGACACGCCGCCCCUCGCCUACGAGCUGGGGGGCGCGGUGCUGGGCCUGGCUGUGCGAGUGGACGGCCGCCGGCCCAUCGGGGCCAGGGCCCGCCGCAUCUGGGAGCCCGAGCUGUGGCUGGCGGUGGGGCCUCGGCGGGACGAGAUGGCCGUGAAGAUAGUGUGCCGGAGCCUGGAGGACCUGAAGGACUACUGCCAGCCCCACGCUCCAGGGGCCCUGCUGAAGGCGGCCUUCAUCUGUGCGGGGAUCGUGCACGUCAGGUCCAAGCUCUCGCUGAGCGAGCAGCUGCUGCGCGCCUUCGGGGGCGGCUUCGAGCUGCACACCUGGUCUGAGCUGCCCCACGGCUCUGGCCUCGGCACCAGCAGCAUCCUGGCGGGCACCGCCCUGGCCGCCCUGCAGCGGGCCGCGGGCCGGGAGGUGAGCAGGGAGGCCCUGAUCCACGCAGUGCUGCACCUGGAGCAGGUGCUCACCACAGGAGGCGGCUGGCAGGACCAAGUGGGUGGUCUGAUGCCUGGCAUCAAGGUGGGGCGCUCGCGGGCUCAGCUGCCGCUGAAGGUGGAGGUGGAGGAGAUCGCUGUGCCUGAGGGCUUCGUCCAGACGCUCAAUGACCACCUGCUCCUGGUGUACACCGGCAAGACCCGCCUGGCGCGGAACCUGCUGCAGGAUGUGCUGAGGAGCUGGUAUGCCCGGCUGCCUGCCGUUGUACAGAACGCCCACAGCCUCGUGCGGCACACGGAGGAGUGCGUGAAAGCCUUCCGCCGGGGAAGCCUGCCUCUGCUGGGCCAGUGCCUGACCUUGUACUGGGAGCAGAAGAAGCUCAUGGCUCCCGGCUGUGAGCCCCAGGCUGUGCGGCGGAUGAUGAAUGUCCUGGCCCCCCACGUGCAUGGCCAGAGCCUGGCAGGGGCAGGCGGCGGCGGCUUUCUCUAUCUGCUGACCAAGGAGCCGAAGCAGAAGGAGGCUCUGGAGGCCGUGCUGGCCGAGACUGAGGGCCUCGGGAACUACAGCGUCCACCUGGUGGAAGUGGACACGCAGGGCCUGAGCCUGCAGCUGUUGGGGAGUGAGAACUCGACCUGAUGCCCCUUCCCAUGAGGCCUGUCCCUCAGCAAGAGGAGAAAACCUGGAGCUACAGCAGCCCCUCCCUUCCGAGCACUCAGCCUCCGACUCCCCACCUACCUCUAUGGAUCUGCUCGCAAAGGAAGCCGACUGGAGUUUGGGCCCAGCCCCCUGGUGAGAGAGACACCGUGCUUGGGAACAGGACUGUGACCUCGUGAUGAACUGUGGCCUAGGCUUGGCCUCUGCUCCAUCUGGACAUAGGAAGGUCCUGAGCUCAGUGUCCUUUGUGGCCUUUACCAAUCCUGUGGCCCAGCUGGGGCCCUGGACGGGGGUGACCACCAGUCCUCACAGAAGCCGGGUCCCUUGGUAAGGCUGACCCUGGAGAGCCCUUUGAGGCAUUUCCUGUGGCCUUCCUUAAGCCGGGCUCUUGCCUGAAUAGACUUCAUGGUCAGUACUCACUCCCAGGCUGACGUGACGGGGGAGUGGGAGUGAGCCAGUGUGGUCUUCAGCCAUCACUGCCAACUCGGCCUUACCCUGGACCAUGGACUGUGUGUGCCACGGGGCCCGGAGCCUAUGGGCAGCAGGUUUUCAGGACUGUGACCUCCGAAUAAACCGAAUCUGCCCUGA